CUAUUGAAAAGUCAAACUUUACUCGGUGCAUGUUUAGUCUUUGGUGUAUAUAAGGCGACUGUUGUGAAGCAUGUAAAAAAUAUUCAUCCGAGAAAUUCAAAUCAUAUAGGUCUGCGGAAUACUGUGGAACAAAAAUAUUCAACGUCCACAUUGCCUCAUGUGGUUUCGGCAUGUAUCCGGACCGAAAUCCCCGCACGUGCCAUUCUCUGAAUCCCAGACAAGUAAGGGAGUUAAGUAAGUGAGGGCAACGAUUACAGUUGGGGACCCUCAACUGACACAUUUCUGUCUAAUGUCCAAUGUACGACCAUUCUGUCAAGGAUACGCAUACUAUGCAAGAUGGCGACGCUACGACCACUACUGACGACAACUUGGCGUGCCAAGAUGCCAACCAUUGCCGCCAAGGGGGUGCAACAGAAAGCACGGCACAGGUCAACUGCUGCCAAGGAGUAACGCAUACUAGCAGCAAUAACAACAAUAACCAACAAAACAUAAACACGGAGAGUUCACAAGACCCUUUCAAUCAGCCCGGACUCCCUCCUUUACAACGAGAAAUGUCCAUUGAAUGUGUUGAACCUGCGAAUUCAUUUCAAAAACCAAAAUCCGUAUCAUCGACGUCAGAUAAGUUAGAAGAAGACGAACAAGACGAUUAUGAGCACUGCUCUUCUGACCAAGAAGCCGAUGCUACCGAAAGGGUCCAACAGCUGUUUGGCCUUACAUCAACCGAACGACUUAUUGCAGAGUAUCCAUGCUAUUUGCUGAGAUUAGUGACUCUGCCCGGAUGGUUGUAUAUCACGAAUCAAGGUCUUUGCUUCUAUGCAGCAUUACCUGGAAAAAAGGAUGACCUACGGAAAACUGGCUAUCUGUUCAGAAAAUCGCACCGCAAAUCACCAUUAUCUCAACGAAGCUACUUUCAACUCAAAAAUAACGUCCUUUCAUGGUAUAACUCGGCCGAAGAUAAAUAUGAACCUAUCGACAGCAUCGACCUGAAGCAAGCAAUUGACGUCCAGGAUUCGACCACUCGAAAGUUUGGCUUCCGUGUUGUGGGGGAAAGACGAGAUUGGGCUUUUGCUGCGGAUUCCGAUGUUUCUAAGAAGGAGUGGAUGGAUGAACUGCGAAGAGCGGUCUUUAUAGCGCGCAAUUCUGGUAACAGUGUUCGCAUUGUGCUGCCUUUCGCUCGGAUAGCCAAGAUCAACAGAACCUUUGCCUUCAAAUUUGCCGAAUACAUUCGCGUGAAAUUGAGCCACAAGAAUGACAUGGAUAAUCUGGAUGACGAGUACUAUUUCUCGUUCUUUCCUGACAUAGAUAAGGCGUAUCGACAAAUUGAAAAGUUAUGGCAAGCGCAGACACGAACUCCAGGCGUGCGUUUUGAACAGAAUAUCAGCGAGGACAACAGUGCGGAAUCAUCUCCUUUUCCGAGCCUAGACAAUGUAUUUAGCAACGCUUCCGGCAUGUCCGCCAUGAUCAUUGGUGCACUCACAAACCCUACAUCACUAUGGACAAGCAAUGGCAACAACAAGGCUAAACAUCGGAACACAGACAGCUCAGGAGCAGCAUCAACGGCACAGCAAGAGAAUAACGAGGAGACAUCCUCCAGUAGGCGCUCGACACUAAGUUCUGGAACGGAUGAGCCUCGUAAUAAUGAAGAGCCCGUAUCGCCGGCACCAUACAGCACUUUGGCAUUGAAUUCUGAUGACACUGUCCGGCAAAAACAACGCAACUCUUGGUCGUUCGGAUGGCUUUCGUCUGCACCAACAUCACCAUUGCCUGAAACGCCUUUACAGCAAGUUCCACAAUUAACAUUGCCGAACGUAUCAACCCAACAAGUGAUAGAGCCACCUUCCGAAAGCAAAAGCGGCAGCACUACCACUAGAAACACCAACAACGUACCACCAACAUUAAAUCCUGGACAAACUGAAGCUGCACCCAAGAAAAAAGGACGAUUCCGGAGCAAAUCAACUGCAUCCAUCAAACAAAUUGCACGCAGUACUCUAGGAUUAACAACAUCCCCCAUCCCAACGACGACGACGACAGGAUCCGCUACGGCAACACAUCCCAAUAAAGAACCACAACAACAAAACCAACAAUCACAACCACAAAGUCCCUCAUCCCCUAAAUAUUCAUUACAGCAUUCAUCUACUACUAGCAGUAGCGGUGAAACCAAUCAUAGCGUGGAAAGUAGCAGUAGCGGUGGGAGUGGUAGUAGCAGCAGCAGUGGUAGUAGUAAUGGUAAGUUACUACUCUCUCCAACCAAGACAAGACAUAUUCGAUCUAGCAGUUUUGGUAGUGGAUUAAAAAAACAUAUUCGGACCCCAUCCAAUUCGGACUUGCAUGCUCUAUUAUCAUCAGCAACAAGCAUUCAAAAGCUGCAGCACCAGGCAACAACAACAACACAACUUCAGUCAGCAUGGAUCGCUCCACAGCUUCGAAAUGUGCUGCAACAAACGUCCAUGCCUCCAAAGAGCAGUAGUCUUCAAGACACUGCCACGACCGAUAUGGAUGAAUCCCAGAAACGAUUGGCAGAGCACAAGUUGCAUGAAACGUUUCCAAUGUUGGGUGAUUCAGAAAAAGUUGUUGCAGCAUUCAGCUCUGCGCUUUGGAGAACAUUGCCAUAUUAUGGUCGGUUGUAUUUUACAUCAAACUAUGUCUGCUUUUAUUCCAAGGUGCUUGCAGGACGUCAAAAGGUCGCUGGUUAUACCCAUUGCAGAUAUUACAGCAGUACGACGAUUCAAAAGUCGAGGCUACUACCUCCUUCAUAGUAUUGGAGUUGUUGCCAAGGAUAUGCAUGAGGAGAUUUUCCUUGAAUUUUCGUCAUUGGAUAUCCGAGACUCUUGCUAUGCACUGUUGUAUAUCUUGAUAAAUGAUACAAAGACGGAUGCCGACAUUGCGUAUAAUUUCACACACAGCGACAGACGCCCG